AUGAUUAGAAUCAUUGUCAAUUGCACUAAUGCUGAAUCUCGUAGAAUAAGACUAGAAGGAUGGGUUGAUACGACAGUAAAUGAGCUUCAUGAGUUUAUUGGAGUUCUUCUUCUAGCUGGAGUGUUUCAUUCUAAAAAUCAAACCAUAAAAGAGCUUUGGAGUAAAUUAAAUGGCAUACCAAUAUUUUCUACUUCAAUGCAAAGAGAUCGAUUUGUUAACUUGCGACGAUGCAUUCGAUUUGAUGAGAGAGAAACAAGAAAUCAAAGACGGUUUGAAGACAAAUUUGCACCUUUAAGAAAUAUAAUGGAAAUGUUUACUACUAAAUGUAAGAACAACUACAAUCCAAGUGCAUAUCUUACUGUUGAUGAGCAAUUAGUUACAUUUAGAGGACGUUGUCCAUUUAAGAUGUUUAUACCUACUAAGCCAGGAAAGUAUGGAAUGAAGAUAUGGAUAUUAUGUGAUGCUGAAACUUCUUACUGCAUAAAUUUGCAACCAUAUAUUGGUAGAGUAAAUGGAGUACGUGAUGUUGGACAAGGUACACGAGUAGUUCUUGAACUAACUGAUCACUUAAAUGGAAGUGGUAGACACAUAACAGCUGAAAAUUUUUUUACAAACAUUCAUCUUGCACGUGCAUUGCUAGGACGUAAAAUGACAUACACUGGCACCAUUAAAAAAAAUAAAGGAGAAAUACCAAAAAAGUUAUUGCCAGCUAUACAUCGACCAGUUUAUUCUAGCAUUUUUAGUUUUCAAAAUGACUCUACUAUUUUUUCUUAUGUACCUAAGAAAAACAAAGCAGUAAUAUUAUUAUCAACCUUCCAAUACAGUAAUGACAUUGUUAUGGACCAUAAUGAAAAACCGUGUAUUAUUCUAGAUUACAACAAAUAUAAAGGUGGAGUUGACACAUUAGACCAGAUAUAUUCAUCUGAUGAAACUUUAGCAUUAAUUAUUAAUGGUGAUAUACCAAAAUCAACAUAUCAGCUUCUAAGAAAUGGUGCUAAAAAAACGGCUGUUACUUAUAUCCUUUAUAUAAUGGAAUUAACUAAACUGACAUUUAGAAGCAAAGCUGGUUUUGAUGGUGCUACAGGAUAUAGUGCUUACAAACAGAAAUGGUAUGAUGUUACGGUUGAAUUUGAAAAAAGGUUUAAAAAGAAAAAAGAAACAGUUUCAAAGCAAUAA